GCAAUGCAUGUAGAUAACUUAAUUAAUGAAUAAUAAUGAACCACUCGUCCCACGGUUUUUCCGUAGAUUACAUCUUAAUAGCUCAUUAAACAUAUGUGCUGUUUGCGUUAUUUAUUUUAAGAACGUAAAGUACUUUUUACGAUUCGUCCAUGGCAUACAUCGACGAGAUAGGUCACUUCGCGGCCGAUUUUCAGUUGACUCCUCCCAGCGCUACCCCCGUUAUCCUUCCGUCUCGCGCGAAGCCCGCGAGCCGCUCGAAACUCAGGUGCGUAAAUGUGUUUUUAAUAGCUUUCCUCCUCUUGAAAUACUAUUGUUGACGUGUUUCUUUUUUUAAUAGUGGUAUCCUAGUAGACAUAAUCCGUUGAUGACUGAUAUACGACCUUUUGACGGCGAAGUAAGGGGGUUAGCGCUGGGGGGAGUCCACUGAAAAUCGGCCGAUCUAGACAUAUUGGAUGCAGCAAGCCGCAUAAGACGCAAAGUGACCUAUCUCACCGAGCUCUGGAGUAGAGCAUAGUAUUUUUCAAGAAGGCGCACAGUCGUAAGCAGUUCUACAAGAAGAUCGCGAUGGAUCAUGAAAAAGUGAAAAUAAAAAAGGUACAUUGGCCUCAAUGGAUCGCUGCUAUCGGACUCAAUCUUCUGCAGUUGCAAAUGGGACUAAUAGCGAUUUGGAGUUCACCGUACAUUGCAUAUCUGACUUCACGCGAAUCUCACAUACCCAUGACUAUGACCGAGGCUUCCUGGGUAGUCUCUCUGUUAAACCUAGGCAGAUUAAUUGGCGCUAUUUCCGGUUCUGUGGCCGUUAAUUAUCUCGGCGCUAAAACAACGGUGUUCAUGACGAGUUUACCAAUAACUCUCUGUUGGCUUUUUAUAAUUGUGGCUAAUCGAGUCGAAUGGCUGUACGCAGCCAGGUUUCUAGCUGGCAUCAGUCUGGGUAAGAUGUACAGCUGCUUCUCGCUUUACCUAGGCGAGAUCGCGGACCCCACCAUUCGCGGAGCUCUGGUCGUUUUAGCUGUAAACGGAUUAUCAAUAGGCAACCUAAUGAUGAGCAUCAUGGGCGCGUAUGUAAGGAUGGAAGUCAGUGCUGUUAUAUGCUUCGCACUUUGCUUCGUACCGAUAAUCAUCUUCAGUUGGUUACCGGAGUCACCGCAUCACUUUAUCAAAAUCAAAGAGGAGGUCAAAGCGCGGACCUCGAUACUCUGGUAUCACCGCGAUUGUGAUGUGGAAUCAGAGCUGCAAGCGCUGAAGCUCUUUCUCGAGAAGAACAAAAGCCUGCCCUUCGCGAGUGUCAUGAAGCAAUUCAGAAUUCCGUACAUUUGGAAAGCGCAAAUACUUGUGUCCAUGCUCUUCAUAUAUCUUCAGCUGUGCGGUCUGCACAACGUGCUGUUUUACAUGGAGACCAUCCUGCGAAACGCCCAAGUGACCGUGAUAGAGCCGUCGGUGAUCGUGAUCAUCGUCACCGCUACGGGAAUUGUCGGCUCCCUGCUCUCCAUGUUCCUGAUCGACAAGUUCGGCAGGCGAGUUUUAAUGAUCGUCUCCAGCCUGGCGGUCACGAUCUCGCUAAUCUGCCUGGGUACACACUAUCAGUUUCUUGACGCAGGCUACAACUUCACCAGUCUUCAGGCUCUACCGAUUUUCUCGGUAUUGCUCUUCCAGGUAUCCGUGUACAUCGGCAUCGUUUCGAUACCCAAUACGGUAUUAAGUGAGAUCUUUCCGCCACACGUUAAAUGCGCAGCUGCCUGUUUCGCCAGCAUCGUCAGUGCGAUAUCCUCUUUCAUAUCCACGUCGACGUAUCAGCCUUUAGUCGAUUUACUCACUGAAAAGUACUUGUUCUAUGUGUACGCUAUGCUACUGGUAACCGCCGUGCCGUAUACUUAUUUCUACAUGCCUGAAACUAAGGGCAAGUCGUUACAACAGAUUCAAGAAAAACUGGAUGGAGGAACUGGACGGAAGAGUUGAGUUGGCUACUUGAUAUAUUUAUGGACAACAUCAUGUAUCACCUUUUUGAUCCCAGCUUCUGAGGAUGGCCCAAAAAUUGGUCGGAACAUUUGUAUACUUCAAUAAAAGGAUUUAAAAUAUCGGAUAAUUUCGCACAGAUACUUGCGGUUGGCUCGCAUUGGCCCUUUCCUCCUCCUCACUUGUUAAUCAAUAUAUUACUUGAUUUCAUACUUUUAUCCUCAUAUGCCUGUUAACUUGUGCUUAAGACAUUUGUUAUUGUUUGACAAAAUGCAUUCCAAAUCGGAAAGAUCAUCCUCUUCCUUAUCAUAAGUUAUUUCAUUAUAACUCCCUGUUGCAUUCUCUGCACGAACCUGAAAAACACUAAUUUUUUUUCUCCUCUUUAUACUCGCGUAUAAAUAUAUUUAUAAUAUAAUUUCUUACAAAAACAAUCUUACACCACACAUCCUAGAAUUUUCCAAUCCCAGAGGAUUAUCCUCGUCACCUAGAGAAAUCGUGAAAUAGAAAAUCGUCGACCAACAAAAUAAUGAUUAUGUAAUAAUAACUUAGAAAUACUAACAAAUGUACCGUGACAAUGCGAUUAUACGAUUAAAAUAUAUAUGUACAUAAUUAAUAUUCAUAGGCCGGUAUUCAUAGUCAAUUUUUAUUUCAAAAUCAUCUUAAGUGUUGUCUUGAGAGACUAAUGUGGCUCUGUGAUUUGUUAAAAACACAUUAAGAGUAUACUUAACCCUAGAAUGCACAACGUGGGUCGUUUCAGACCCUCGGCGAACUUUGAACUACGUUUCUGAGCUAGCGAGUAGCAUUAUCGACUCAGGAUCUGGUCCAUAAUUCAUUUCAACUCUCUGAAAGUAGAGCUAUGUCGGUCGCAGCGUUAGAUGUUCGCUGGCAGUGACGCAGCAAGCGUCGCAAAGCGUGCGUAGGGUCGAUAUUGGCCCCAGUUGGCAGUUGCCGUUUGUGUUUCUUAGCGGUAAACUAAUUAUAUAUUUUUUGCUAGAAUCAAUAUAUUUCAUGUAUUAUUACGUAAUCUGAGCAUAAAUAGUCAUAAAUAUUAUUUAAGACGAAAUAUCACACAACUUAGUCGGUAAAAAUCCCGUUGCCUAUAGAAGAUUGACAUUUCGCAGAAAAUGGCUGGGCGAUAUAAUUUGAGACCCAUAUCAGCAUUUUUUCAUAUUUUUUACUAUUUUGUA